UCAACAUCCUGCUAUGGUAACGAAACUUCUCCAGCACUGGGGAGGAAAGCUACGUUACAAACUGAAGUGAUAAUUCAAAGUGACUCACAACGUUACAGUAACACUGUGAUGAACAAUAGUGUCCAGGCUGCAAGCAGAGGAAACGUCUCGAGUUUCGUUCGUAAAUCAACGGUAGCGGAAAAUAGCAACAGCUGUAUAUAUAUAUAUGCAAGAGAUCGUUGUUGAGGCAGUUAUAACGUUAGGAGUGCCAGUCACACACACACAGGCCCCCCUGACCUCCUGCUCCAGUGCUGGCAUCAUGGCAUUCUCCAACUCCAAUUUUGACGAUUUUGGGUCCAUGUAUAGUGUCACCCCGGCCACGAGCGGCGGACUAACGACACCAGAAUUCGGCGGAACUCAUUACAUGGCGAACUUCAAUUACAGCGAUGAUUCUGCCACGACAAGCUUAGAGUCGUACGGAAUUGCAGAUACAACAAGCUUGGAGUCGUACGGAAUUGCAGAUACAACAAGCUUGGAGUCGUACGGAACUAAUGGUAGUGUAAGUUUGGAUUUGUAUGCACCUCAUGGCACAACAAGCGUAGAUUCUUACGGGACUACAGGUACAAGACUGGAUACAUACGGUACAGCAAACGCAACAACCUUGACUUCGUACGGAAUUAAUGAUACAAGUUUUGAUUCUUGUGAAAUUCCAGAUGCAGCAAGCUUGAAUUCAUAUAGAGCUACAGAUACAUCAAGUUUGGAUUCAGAUGGAAUUAUAAGCACAAGCGGCCUGGAUUCUUACACACCUUCGUAUGGAAGAACUGGAACAGGCUUGGAAUCCUACGAAACCACAAGUGUGACAAACUUGGUUUCAUAUGGAACUACAGAUGUAGAAAGAUUGAAUCCCUAUGGAAAUACUGGCACGACAGGUUUGAAUCUCUUCGGAACUGUAGAUACAAUGAGCUUGGACUCUUACUAUACUCCAGGUGACCCCAGCAUGUAUUCUUACGGAACUACAGGUCCAGUUAGCUUAGAGGGGCGGUCGGACGUGCAUGAGCGCGCAUCUCUGAACGCAUUCCCAGACACGCAGCUACGCUUACCUCCUCCCGAGUCUGCGACUGGACGUUUCAACCCCACUGCGAACAUUUUUCCCGGCUCUCAAGACGUCUAUCCCCGCGGAGAGGACCCGAGCGCCUUCUCCAAGGAGUCACUCAGUUGCCUGAUACAAGGGACGCAUUCCCUCACCCUAGCUGGGUCUCUCGAAGAGGAUCUUGGUCCCAUGGUGAAACCGAACGAGGUGCUGCCGCAGGAUGCCAGCUUGGUUCCUGUGGCAACUGGUGGGCAGCCGUCGACCACCGCCACCUCUUCCGGCGCUUCCUGUCUCUCAAGCCCUUGGGGUAGUGGUGCUGCCGCUUGUCACACGCUUACUGCCUUGCCUCGGGUCACAUCCUUUGUUGCUCCCGGCAGAGCUGACGUCGGAGGCGGCGGGAUGUCUGCCCCAGUCACUUCCAGACGACACGAGGAGCGAUCUGAGCGGAUCCGGACUCUCAAUAAUGAGUCCUCGCGAGAGUACCGACGCCGCAGGUCGCAGUCCAAGAUGAAAACUUCAGAGCUGGCUAAAGAACUGGAGCAUAAGAACACCAUCCUGCAGGCCAAAGCAGCGGGUCUAGAGCAACUCCUGCAGGACAUGAAGACCUGCUACAACACCUACUAUGGCGCCGACGGACAACCUCGAGUCGUAGACAACUCUCGCCAUCCAUCAUAACUUUUACGCAUUGUGCUUAAUUAAACACUAACAUAUUAUCUUAUGUUAUUCACCCCUAUAUUCUUAUUUUAACAAAAGUAUAUUUAUAUUUGAUUGCUACUUUUAAACAUCUAUUUGUUACAUCCCUGUCAAUCACAC